UGGGGCCCGCGGCGAGCGUCUUCCCCGGAUUGCACACCCCCUCGCUUCCUGCCGGGGAGGGGCUGCCAGUCUCCGGCGGGCUCCGGAGCAUCGAGAGCUGCGACCAGACAGAGUAGCUUCCUGCGGUCCCCACAACCAUCGAGCGCGGGUCCAGGGCGCCGCCCGCGGGUGGGGGACAUUCCGGGGACGGAAGUGGCCGCGAGAGAGCCUGUCGGCGGGAGGGCGAGGCCGCAGCCCGAGAGCGACCGGGAGCAGGAGCGGGCGAGCGGGCCACAGAGCCGGGCACCUCAGGUCUAGGCAGGCUGGAAAGGAGCCGCUGCCACCAUGGUUGCACUCUCGCUGAAGAUCAGCAUUGGAAAUGUGGUGAAGACGAUGCAGUUUGAGCCCUCCACCAUGGUGUACGACGCCUGCCGCAUCAUUCGAGAGCGCAUCCCAGAGGCCCUGGUUGGCCCUCCCAGCGACUUUGGGCUCUUUCUGUCGGAUGAUGAUCCCAAAAAGGGUAUAUGGCUGGAGGCCGGGAAAGCGCUGGAUUACUACAUGCUCCGAAAUGGAGACACCAUGGAGUACAGGAAGAAACAGAGGCCCUUGAAGGUCCGGAUGCUUGAUGGCACCGUGAAGACCAUCAUGGUGGAUGACUCUAAGACCGUGACCGACAUGCUCAUGACCAUCUGUGCCCGUAUCGGCAUCACCAAUCAUGAUGAAUACUCACUGGUUCGAGAGUUGAUGGAAGAGAAGAAGGAGGAGACGACAGGGACCUUACGGAAGGAUAAGACACUGCUGCGAGAUGAGAAAAAGAUGGAGAAACUGAAGCAGAAAUUGCACACAGACGAUGAGCUGAACUGGCUGGACCAUGGCCGAACCCUGAGGGAGCAAGGAGUGGAGGAGCAUGAGACACUUCUGCUGAGGAGGAAGUUCUUCUACUCUGACCAGAAUGUCGAUUCCCGAGACCCCGUGCAGCUGAACCUUCUUUACGUGCAGGCUCGAGACGACAUUCUGAACGGCUCCCACCCGGUCUCCUUUGACAAGGCCUGUGAGUUUGCUGGCUUCCAAUGUCAGAUCCAGUUUGGGCCCCACAAUGAACAGAAGCACAAGGCCGGCUUCCUCGACCUGAAGGACUUCCUGCCUAAGGAGUACGUGAAGCAGAAGGGCGAGCGUAAGAUCUUCCAGGCACACAAGAACUGUGGGCAGAUGAGUGAGAUUGAGGCCAAGGUGCGCUAUGUGAAGCUUGCCCGUUCCCUCAAGACAUACGGUGUUUCCUUCUUCCUGGUUAAGGAGAAAAUGAAAGGGAAGAACAAGCUGGUGCCCAGGCUGCUGGGCAUCACUAAGGAGUGUGUGAUGCGGGUGGACGAGAAGACCAAGGAGGUGAUCCAGGAGUGGAACCUCACCAACAUCAAGCGUUGGGCUGCCUCCCCCAAGAGCUUCACCUUGGAUUUCGGGGACUACCAAGAUGGCUACUACUCGGUGCAGACAACAGAGGGGGAGCAGAUCGCACAGCUCAUUGCCGGCUACAUCGACAUCAUCCUGAAGAAGAAAAAAAGCAAGGACCACUUCGGGCUGGAGGGAGACGAGGAGUCUACCAUGCUGGAGGACUCGGUGUCCCCCAAAAAGUCGACAGUCCUGCAGCAGCAGUAUAACCGCGUGGGGAAGGUGGAGCACGGCUCCGUGGCCCUGCCUGCCAUCAUGCGCUCCGGAGCCUCGGGCCCUGAGAAUUUCCAGGUGGGAAGCAUGCCCCCUGCCCAGCAGCAGAUCACCAGUGGCCAGAUGCACCGGGGACACAUGCCUCCUCUGACGUCAGCCCAGCAAGCGCUCACUGGGACCAUCAACUCCAGCAUGCAGGCUGUGCAGGCUGCCCAGGCCACCCUGGACGACUUUGACACCCUGCCCCCGCUUGGCCAGGAUGCUGCCUCGAAGGCCUGGCGGAAGAACAAGAUGGACGAGUCAAAGCACGAGAUCCACUCCCAGGUAGAUGCCAUCACAGCCGGCACUGCCUCCGUGGUGAACCUGACAGCAGGAGACCCUGCAGAGACAGACUACACCGCUGUGGGCUGUGCCGUGACCACCAUCUCCUCCAACCUGACGGAGAUGUCUCGCGGGGUGAAGCUGCUGGCUGCCCUGCUGGAGGAUGAGGGUGGCAGUGGCCGUCCCCUGCUGCAGGCAGCCAAGGGCCUUGCAGGGGCCGUGUCGGAGCUGCUGCGCAGUGCCCAGCCAGCCAGCGCCGAGCCCCGUCAGAACCUGCUGCAAGCAGCUGGGAACGUGGGCCAGGCCAGUGGGGAGCUGUUGCAGCAAAUUGGGGAAAGCGAUACUGACCCCCACUUCCAGAUACAUGCACCCAGAGGGGCUGGGGUUCGAUCUCCCCCCGACCCCCCCACGGACAUGCUCAUGCAACUAGCCAAGGCAGUAGCCAGCGCAGCAGCGGCCCUGGUCCUCAAAGCCAAGAGCGUGGCCCAACGGACAGAGGACUCAGGGCUUCAGACCCAGGUCAUUGCUGCCGCCACACAGUGUGCCCUGUCCACCUCCCAGCUGGUGGCCUGUACCAAGGUGGUGGCACCUACAAUCAGUUCCCCCGUUUGCCAAGAGCAGCUGGUCGAGGCUGGACGCCUGGUAGCCAAAGCCGUGGAGGGCUGCGUGUCUGCCUCCCAUGCAGCCACAGAGGAUGGACAGCUCUUGCGAGGGGUGGGAGCAGCAGCUACAGCUGUCACCCAGGCCCUGAAUGAGUUGCUGCAGCACGUGAGGGCGCACGCCACAGGGGCUGGGCCUGCUGGCCGCUAUGACCAGGCCACUGACACCAUCCUCACUGUCACUGAGAACAUCUUCAGUUCCAUGGGUGAUGCUGGUGAGAUGGUACGACAGGCACGCAUCCUAGCCCAAGCCACCUCAGACCUGGUCAAUGCCAUCAAGGCUGACGCCGAGGGGGAGAGUGACCUGGAGAACUCACGCAAGCUAUUAAGCGCUGCCAAGAUCCUUGCUGAUGCCACAGCCAAGAUGGUGGAAGCUGCCAAGGGGGCAGCCGCCCACCCCGACAGUGAGGAGCAGCAGCAGCGGCUGCGCGAGGCAGCUGAGGGUCUGCGCAUGGCGACCAACGCAGCUGCACAGAAUGCCAUCAAGAAGAAGCUGGUGCAGCGGCUGGAGCACGCAGCCAAGCAGGCCGCAGCCUCAGCCACACAGACCAUCGCUGCCGCCCAGCACGCGGCUUCCACCCCCAAGGUCUCUGCGGGCCCCCAGCCGCAGCUGGUGCAGAGCUGUAAGGCGGUAGCAGAGCAGAUCCCACUGCUGGUGCAGGGCGUCCGAGGGAGCCAAGCUCAGCCCGACAGUCCCAGCGCUCAGCUGGCCCUCAUUGCUGCCAGCCAGAGCUUCCUGCAGCCAGGUGGGAAGAUGGUGGCAGCUGCAAAGGCCUCAGUGCCAACCAUUCAGGACCAGGCUUCCGCCAUGCAGCUGAGUCAGUGUGCUAAGAACCUUGGUACCGCCUUGGCGGAACUCCGGACCGCUGCCCAGAAGGCUCAGGAAGCGUGCGGACCCUUGGAGAUGGAUUCUGCGCUGAGUGUGGUCCAGAAUCUAGAGCGAGACCUGCAGGAAGUGAAGGCCGCGGCUCGAGAUGGCAAACUGAAGCCCCUCCCUGGGGAGACAAUGGAGAAGUGCGCCCAGGACCUAAGCAACAGCACCAAAGCUGUGAGCUCCGCCAUCGCCCAGCUCCUCGGGGAGGUGGCCCAGGGCAAUGAGAACUAUGCAGGCAUUGCAGCACGGGACGUUGCAGGUGGUCUGCGGGCACUGGCCCAGGCUGCAAGGGGUGUAGCUGCUCUGACGUCAGAUCCUGCAGUGCAGGCCGUCGUGCUUGACACGGCCAGUGAUGUACUGGACAAGGCCAGCAGCCUCCUCGAGGAGGCUAAAAAGGCAGCUGGACAUCCAGGAGAUCCUGAGAGCCAGCAGCGGCUUGCCCAGGUGGCUAAAGCCGUGACCCAGGCACUGAACCGCUGCGUCAGCUGUCUGCCUGGCCAGCGAGAUGUGGACAACGCCCUGAGAGCAGUGGGGGAUGCCAGCAAGAGACUCCUCAGUGACUCGCUGCCCCCCAGCACUGGCACCUUUCAAGAAGCUCAGAGCCGGCUGAACGAGGCGGCAGCUGGGCUGAAUCAGGCGGCCACGGAACUGGUGCAGGCCUCUCGGGGAACCCCUCAGGACCUCGCUCGGGCCUCGGGGCGGUUUGGACAAGACUUCAGCACCUUCCUGGAAGCUGGCGUGGAGAUGGCAGGACAGGCUCCGAGGCAGGAGGAUCGGGCCCAGGUUGUGUCCAACUUGAAGGGCAUCUCCAUGUCUUCAAGCAAACUUCUGCUGGCCGCCAAGGCCCUGUCAACAGACCCUGCUUCCCCCAACCUCAAGAGUCAGCUGGCUGCAGCCGCCCGGGCAGUGACUGACAGCAUCAACCAGCUCAUCACCACCUGCACCCAGCAGGCUCCGGGCCAGAAGGAGUGUGACAAUGCCCUGCGGGAACUGGAGACGGUUCGUGAACUCCUGGAGAACCCACUCCAGCCCAUCAAUGACAUGUCCUACUUUGGCUGCCUGGACAGUGUCAUGGAAAACUCCAAGGUGCUGGGCGAGGCCAUGACUGGAAUUUCCCAAAACGCCAAGAAUGGGAGCCUGCCAGAGUUUGGGGAAGCCAUUGCCACAGCUUCCAGGGCUCUCUGCGGCCUCACUGAGGCAGCUGCCCAGGCUGCAUACUUGGUUGGGGUCUCUGACCCCAAUAGUCAAGCGGGACAGCAGGGGCUGGUGGAGCCCACACAGUUUGCCCGUGCCAACCAGGCAAUUCAGAUGGCCUGCCAGAGCUUAGGGGAGCCUGGCUGUACCCAGGCCCAGGUGCUCUCUGCAGCUACCAUUGUGGCCAAGCACACCUCUGCAUUGUGCAACAGCUGCCGCCUGGCGUCUGCCCGCACCGCCAAUCCCACCGCCAAGCGCCAGUUUGUACAGUCAGCAAAGGAAGUGGCCAACAGUACCGCCAAUCUGGUCAAGACCAUCAAGGCCCUGGACGGGGCCUUCACGGAGGAGAACCGGGCCCAGUGUCGCGCAGCCACAGCACCCCUGCUGGAGGCUGUGGACAACCUGAGCGCCUUUGCAGCCAACCCUGAGUUCUCCAGCAUCCCUGCCCAGAUCAGCCCCGAGGGCUGGGCUGCCAUGGGCCCCAUCGUCAUCUCCGCCAAGACAAUGCUGGAGAGCGCAGGGGGGCUGAUCCAGACAGCCCGGGCCCUGGCCGUCAAUCCGCGGGAUCCCCCACGCUGGUCGGUCCUGGCUGGCCACUCUCGCACUGUCUCGGACUCCAUCAAGAAGCUUAUCACGAGCAUGAGGGACAAGGCUCCGGGGCAGCUGGAGUGCGAGGCAGCCAUUGCAGCGCUGAACAGCUGUCUGCGGGACCUGGACCAGGCUUCCCUGGCUGCUGUCAGCCAGCAGCUCACGCCCCGAGAGGGCAUCUCUCAGGAGGCCUUGCACACUCAGAUGCUCACAGCAGUGCAGGAGAUCUCCCACCUCAUUGAGCCGCUGGCCGGGGCUGCCCGGGCCGAGGCCUCCCAGCUGGGACACAAGGUGUCCCAGAUGGCCCAGUACUUUGAGCCGCUCACCCUGGCUGCAGUGGGUGCUGCCUCCAAGACCCUGAGUCACCCACAGCAGAUGGCACUCCUGGACCAGACAAGAACGCUGGCAGAGUCGGCCUUGCAGUUGCUGUAUACGGCCAAGGAGGCUGGGGGCAACCCCAAGCAGGCAGCCCACACCCAGGAAGCCCUGGAGGAGGCCGUGCAGAUGAUGACAGAAGCCGUGGAGGACCUGACUGCCACCCUGAAUGAAGCCGCCAGUGCCGCUGGGGUUGUCGGCGGCAUGGUGGACUCCAUCACCCAUGCCAUCAACCAGCUAGACGAAGGACCCAUGGGUGAGCCAGAAGGCUCCUUCGUGGACUACCAGACAACCAUGGUGCGGACGGCCAAGGCCAUCGCCGUCACCGUUCAGGAGAUGGUAACCAAGUCAAAUACCAGCCCUGAGGAACUGGGCCCGCUUGCUAACCAGCUGACCAGCGACUAUGGCCGCCUGGCCUCCCAGGCCAAGCCUGCAGCCGUGGCUGCUGACAACGAAGAGAUUGGUGCCCACAUCAAGCACCGGGUGCAGGAGCUGGGGCACGGCUGUUCCGCUCUGGUCACCAAGGCCGGCGCCCUGCAGUGCAGUCCCAGUGAUGCCUACACCAAGAAGGAGCUCAUAGAGUGUGCCCGCAGAGUCUCUGAGAAGGUCUCCCACGUGCUGGCUGCGCUCCAGGCUGGGAACCGUGGCACCCAGGCCUGCAUCACAGCAGCCAGUGCCGUGUCAGGGAUCAUAGCGGACCUGGACACCACCAUCAUGUUUGCCACGGCUGGCACACUCAACCGAGAGGGUGCUGAGACCUUCGCUGACCACCGGGAGGGCAUUCUGAAGACGGCGAAGGUGCUGGUAGAAGACACCAAGGUCCUGGUGCAGAAUGCAGCUGGCAGCCAGGAGAGGCUGGCUCAGGCAGCCCAGUCCUCUGUAGCUACCAUCACCCGCCUCGCCGACGUCGUCAAACUGGGCGCAGCCAGCCUGGGAGCCGAGGACCCGGAGACCCAGGUGGUCUUGAUCAAUGCGGUGAAAGAUGUGGCCAAGGCCCUGGGUGACCUCAUCAGCGCCACGAAGGCAGCAGCCGGCAAAGUCGGGGAUGACCCUGCGGUGUGGCAGCUCAAGAACGCAGCCAAGGUGAUGGUGACCAAUGUGACAUCACUGCUCAAGACCGUGAAAGCUGUGGAAGAUGAGGCCACCAAGGGGACACGAGCCCUGGAGGCGACCACAGAGCACAUACGGCAGGAACUGGCGGUGUUCUGUUCCCCAGAGCCACCUGCCAAGACCUCUACCCCAGAGGAUUUUAUUCGCAUGACCAAGGGCAUCACCAUGGCAACGGCCAAGGCCGUUGCCGCUGGCAAUUCUUGUCGCCAGGAAGAUGUCAUUGCCACAGCCAAUCUGAGUCGGCGUGCUAUUGCAGACAUGCUCCGGGCUUGCAAGGAGGCAGCGUACCACCCGGAAGUGGCCCCUGACGUACGGCUCCGAGCCCUGCAUUACGGCCGGGAGUGUGCCAAUGGCUACCUGGAGCUGCUGGACCACGUGCUCUUGACGCUGCAGAAGCCAAGCCCAGAGCUCAAGCAGCAGUUGACGGGACACUCGAAGCGUGUGGCUGGCUCCGUCACAGAGCUCAUCCAGGCCGCGGAGGCCAUGAAGGGAAUAGAAUGGGUGGACCCUGAGGACCCCACAGUCAUCGCGGAGAAUGAACUCCUGGGAGCCGCGGCUGCCAUUGAGGCUGCAGCCAAGAAGCUGGAGCAGUUGAAGCCCCGGGCCAAACCCAAGGAGGCGGAUGAGUCCUUGAACUUUGAAGAGCAGAUCCUAGAAGCUGCCAAGUCCAUUGCUGCAGCCACCAGUGCCCUAGUGAAAGCUGCAUCCGCUGCCCAGCGGGAACUGGUGGCCCAAGGGAAGGUGGGCGCCAUCCCAGCCAAUGCACUGGAUGACGGGCAGUGGUCCCAGGGCCUUAUAUCUGCUGCCCGGAUGGUGGCCGCAGCCACCAAUAAUCUGUGUGAGGCAGCCAAUGCCGCCGUGCAAGGCCACGCCAGCCAGGAGAAGCUCAUUUCAUCAGCCAAGCAGGUGGCUGCCUCCACAGCCCAGCUCCUCGUGGCCUGCAAGGUCAAGGCGGACCAGGACUCCGAGGCAAUGAAACGACUUCAGGCUGCUGGUAAUGCAGUGAAGCGAGCCUCCGAUAACCUGGUGAAGGCCGCUCAGAAGGCUGCCGCCUUUGAAGACCAGGAGAAUGAGACGGUGGUGGUGAAGGAGAAGAUGGUUGGGGGCAUUGCCCAGAUCAUCGCAGCCCAAGAGGAGAUGCUGCGGAAGGAGCGGGAGCUGGAAGAGGCGCGGAAGAAGCUGGCCCAGAUCCGGCAGCAACAGUACAAGUUCUUGCCUUCAGAGCUUCGAGACGAGCACUAGGGCAGCUGCUUUUAUUUAACGAAGAGCCAGCCUAGAGACUGCGCUGUCCGCUACCAAAGCUUUCUGGGCUGUCGCGGCCCAACCUACCCAGUCCCAGCACUCCCCAAAGUGCCAGCCAGGCCCACUGCACAGCCCCGGCCCCCUCCCCACUGCAAGUGCCUUCAUGCCCUAGGGCCCCCUAAGUGCCUGUCCCUCCCCAGAGUAUUAACGCUCCAAGAGUAUUAUUAACGCUGCUGUACCUCAGUCCGACCCUGCCAGUCUCCACCUCGGUUCUGCGCGGUCUUUUUUGAUACUGCCUCUCCCCACCCCCAGCCUCCUGGGAGACUGCAGGAUCAGAACCCCUACUUGGGUCAUGUUCCAAUAAAGGUGAUUCUCCUACAA